AUGAAGGACCUUUCAGAUAUUUUCGAUAUUUAUGCGAUCUGUGCAUGCUGUAAGGUUUCUGCCCCCCCUAAUGAAGCAAAAAAAAAAAAUGAGGUCUUCAGCGAUAGAACAUUUAAGGGAAUUGGGAACAAUGGGACAUUGCCAUGGAAGUGCAAUACAAUCGACAUGAAGUACUUCAGCUCAGUCACAACCUAUGUGGAUGAAUCCAAGUAUGUGAAUAUGAAAAGGAAGAGAGAAAGGUACCUUCAAAAGGAAGCAUCCACUGUUGCUAUGGAGGAUGGUAACAAUAGCAGUAAUGACAUUUGGAAUGAUAAGAAGACAUUCGAUUUUCAGAUGCAACUGCAAAACAUUGUCGUCAUGGGGAGAAGCAGCUGGGAUAGUAUCCCAAAGCAGUUCAAGCCAUUGCCAAACCGAAUUAAUGUUGUUUUGUCUAAGACAUUAAAAUAUGAACAUGUUCAGGAAAAAAUUUACAUAAUUAGUAGUAUAGAUGAACUUCUGCUGCUUUUAAGGAAACUCAAUUAUUAUAAAUGUUUCAUAAUUGGAGGUGCACAAGUAUACAAAGAAUGUUUAAAUCGAAAUAUAAUUAAGCAAAUUUAUUUCACAAGAAUCAACAACUCCUAUGAGUGUAAUGUUUUAUUUCCAGAUAUUGACAGAGAGAAGUUUCGAGUAACAUCCGUUAGUGAGGUAUACAACUGCAAGGGGACAACUCUAGAUUUUGUGAUUUACAGCAAGGUUGAAGGAAGCAAUAACAAAAUUGCUAUUCAUGGGGGUUCUGCCAGUAGCAAUGGGGAACGUUGUAAGAUACCCAGUUGUGGCAGUGAGAAGUGCAACAAACUUAGUCAUUCUGAAUUGACCAAGGGGAAGUGGCACGAAUGGCGUAAAAAAGGAAACAAUGGCGAUGAGGAAGCGAGUGGAGAUUGUGAUGGUAAUGGAGGUAGCGAUGACGACUGUGAUGAGGAGUGGGAUGAUGAUGAUGAUGUGUACUUUCGCUUUAACAAGAAGGCGGGAGAGAAGAAUACAGAGCAUCUAAAUGACUUUGAAAUUUAUAAGAGCCUGAAAAUUAAAGAGCACCCGGAGUACCAAUACUUAAGCAUUAUUUAUGAUGUUAUUAUGAAUGGAAACAAACAAGGGGAUAGAACAGGCGUGGGAGUUUUGAGCAAAUUUGGGUAUAUGAUGAAAUUCAAUUUAAACGAAUAUUUUCCCUUACUGACAACAAAGAAAUUAUUUCUAAGAGGAAUAAUUGAAGAAUUAUUAUGGUUCAUUCGAGGAGAAACAAAUGGAAAUACACUUUUAAAUAAAAACGUAAGAAUAUGGGAAGCAAAUGGAACGAGGGAAUUUUUGGAUAAUAGAAAAUUAUUUGAUAGAGAAGUAAAUGAUUUAGGGCCUAUUUAUGGUUUUCAGUGGAGACACUUUGGUGCUGAAUAUACAAAUAUGCAUGAUAAUUAUAAAGACAAAGGAGUUGAUCAAUUAAAAAAUGUGAUUGAUUUAAUAAAGAAUGAACCAACUAGUAGGAGAAUUAUUUUGUGUGCAUGGAAUGUAAAAGAUUUAGAUAAAAUGGCAUUACCACCUUGUCAUAUUUUAUGCCAAUUUUAUGUUUUUGAUGGUAAAUUAUCAUGUAUUAUGUAUCAAAGAUCCUGUGAUUUGGGUUUAGGAGUUCCCUUUAACAUUGCCUCUUAUUCCAUUUUCACACAUAUGAUUGCACAGGUAUGUAAUUUGCAACCUGCACAGUUCAUACACAUUUUGGGAAAUGCUCAUGUGUAUAAUAACCACGUAGACAGCUUAAAAACACAAUUAAACAGAAUACCGUAUCCAUUCCCAACACUUAAAUUAAAUCCAGACAUAAAAAAUAUUGAAGAUUUUACAAUUUCAGAUUUUACCAUUGAGAAUUAUGUACAUCAUGACAAAAUUUCCAUGGACAUGGCUGCAUAG